GAAGUGGCAGGGCCUCAGGUGCCUCCUACAGAGAUUUUAGACCCCGAAGCGGUGAGCUUUCCUGACGUUGUAGCUCCUGACAGGGACAAGGAGCCACCUUAAGCUUCCUGUUAGGACACCAGAGCUAAGGGAGGCGCUUACAAAGAGGGUCGGAGUCACCAAAACAGAAAUCUCCCGGUUUUAGCUCGGGGUGGUGGCGCCCGGCUGUCAUUCUAGCACUUAGGCUGCUGAGUUCAAGUCCAGCUUGAACUAGUAGUCAACUGUCAGUACAAAGCCAAGCUUGAUAAUAAGACACAGUCAUAUUUCGAAGAUAAAUAAGUACAUUUAUUUAACUCAGACUUCAGUUAAAGUAGUUCAAUGCCUGAAAAGCCACUCUAUAGAUCCUGCCAGAGAGGUCUGGAUUUUGUAUAGAACUGUGUGCUACAGCGCCUGCUCUAGUGAGGUCUUGCAUUUUCCUCAUUAGACCAAAACCACGGAUGGAAAGGAACCCCCCUGGUGGUACUGGUCCAGUCCACGUGCCACUGGGGCAUAUUGUGGCUAAUGAAAAAUGGCGCGGAUCCCAACUGGCUCAGGAGUUGCAAGGAAAAGUUAGACUCAUUUUUGAGGAGGGUCUGGCAUCGACAGAUUUUUACCUGUCUAGCAAAUCCUGCAUUCUCUAUAUCACUGAAGCAGAUCUGGUGGCUGGACAUGGUUACAAAAAAAGACUUGCUCGCUUUAGAAAUUCUGCACAUCUUCAAGGGAUCGUAAUAGUUGAGAAAACCCAGAUGAGUGAACAGUACUUCCCAGCAGCCCAGAAGUUUACUGUGCUAGACCUCGGAAUGGUGCUGCUUCCAGUAGCCAGCCAGUCAGAAGCAUCCUGCCUCAUCUUCCAGUUGGUUCAAGAGCAAACCAGAGAGCCCAGCAAGAACCCUUUCCUCAGGAAAAAGCGCUCCAUGCUCUCUGAGUCCUCCCUUGUUCAAACUGUGCAGCAGAUCCCGGGGGUUGGUAAGGUUAAGGCCCCCCUUCUGCUCCAGAAGUUUCCAAGCAUCCAGCAACUAAGUAACGCUUCCACCCAAGAACUGGAGGAAGUCGUGGGACGCACAGUAGCACAGCAAAUCCACACCUUCUUCACCCAGCCUAAGCGACAGCAGUCCUGGCACUGACUUUGCUGUCAGACUACAAACUACAGCAUCUGGUUUUCAUAUUUAAAAAGGAAGAAAAGUUCUCUCAGUGGCAACAGGCUAAAGACAAGGAGAGGACGAUGAGUCUCACAGAAUCACCCUGCCUCAUUGUCUGUCUGGGCAGCAACCUGGUGGGGCUUGGGGGCCUCGGGUGACACUGCCUACUUUGUGCUAAGAUGAAGAGGAUCCCAUAGGGAUCUUCCAGAGACUCAUUCUCAGCAGCAGCCAGCUUGAGCGGAUUUGCACAAAGCACUUUGCCCUGCCUCUGUCACUGAGAGGUCCUGGGAGGGGAGGGUCCAGCACUGAGCAGGGCGUGCCCCUGUUCCCAGUGUCAGGGCCACAGCUCAGGUCUUCUCUGCACAUGUCAGGUACCUGUGCUCUGGAGUUUCUGCCAGUGUCAACAAAACGUCUUUCCUACUUCAUAACCCCUUCCUCCCUUCUCAACACAAGAAAACUAUUUUGGUUUUUUUUGGAGGAUGUAGAAGACAUAUUUAGGAUAAAAUAAAAGCAAAAAAAAAAAAAAAAAACUAACUCAAACAAUGAACAUGACUUUAUUUAAAUAUUUAUACAAACAGCCCCAGGGACAGCGGGCACGCUUUCCUUAAGGCGUUUGUGUUCUUGAGAUAUUGCACAAUAGAAAAAUAUUUAAAUCCUUGUUACU